AUGGACUCAGUUUCACAAUCUUUUCCUCAAGCUGCAGUGGCCGUGGACAAGGAUAAGAGCAGCCAAGGAGCCUUGAAAUGGGCCCUCGAUAAUGUCGCAGUCAGGGGCCAAACCCUCAUCCUCAUUCACGUCAACACUCAUGCCGUUUCACCGGAUAGCAUACGCAGGGAAAUACUUACUCCUUUUCGAUGUUUCUGCACCAGAAAAGAUAUCAAAGUCAUGGAUAUGAUCUUGGAGGGCACUGACGUAGCUAAGGGCGUAGUGGAGUUCAUCUCUCAGUCGGGGAUCAACAAACUAGUCGUCGGAGCAUCGAGAGGAGGCUUUGUGAGAUCAUUCAGAAACUUGGACAUCAGCGUCAACAUUUACAAAACCGUGCCUGAUUUCUGCACUGCUUAUGUGAUAAGCAAAGGCAAACUCUCCUCUGUUAAAAAUGCGAUCCGACCAGCUCCGGCCGUUUCGCCUUUGAGAAUCCAGCUCCAGAAACAAGCCAACGCAGAUCAACCAAGUCAACAGGAGAAGAAAGGUACGAUGAUCGACUUAACUUGUCAUUUGGCUCGACUAGUUUCACGAACAACUGAAGGAGGCAUACAUUUGUCAGGUGAUGCUGCAGCUGCGACUCUCAAACUGAGUAAAGAAAAAGAAUCAAUCAGGUCACCGUUGACGAGAGGGGCCUAUGCAUAUAAGUCUGAUGUAGAUUUGACGUCGGGCAGUGACAUAUCGUUUGUAAGCAGUGGGAGGAGGAGCACUGAUCAGGUCUUCCCUCCGAGGAUCUAUUGCCUGCCUGACAACGACCUUGCUCACAGCUUCGAGUCUCGACUAUCGCCUCGCAAGUCUGUGGGUGUUCAUUCCGCUAUGAACGGGUACUCUUUUUCUCAGGAGAGCUUUGCAUCUGACGCAUCGGAAUAUCAAGAAGCAGAGAUAAAUAGACUGAAACUGGAACUCAAGCAGACAAUGGAUAUGUACAACGCAGCUUGCAAGGAAGCGCUUCUGUCUAAACAGAAGGCAAAGGAGCUCCAUCACUCGAAGAUGGAGGGGAAACAGAGACUCGAAAUCGCCCGACUCGCGGAAGAAGCCGCCUUGGUUCUGGUAGAGAAGGAGAAAGCAAAGUGCAAGGCAGCAUUGGAAGCAGCCGAAGCAGCCCAAAGGAAGGCUGAACUGGAAGCGCAUAAAAGGAGAGAAGUGGAGAUAAAGACCAUGAAACAAUCCGUCGACAAGAAUCCCUCGAAUUCGUUUGUGCAAACGGACGCGAGGUACAGGAGAUACAAGAUCGAGGAGAUCGAGGAAGCCACAGAGUACUUUGCGGCGGACAAAAAGGUUGGAGAAGGAGGGUACGGUCCCGUCUACAAAUGCUAUCUCGAUCACACGCCUGUUGCCGUCAAGGUACUGCGACCGGAUGCAGCCCAGGGGAGGUCUCAGUUUCAGCACGAGGUUGAGAUUCUUAGUUGCAUCCGGCACCCAAACAUGGUCCUCCUCCUCGGUGCUUGCCCGGAGUACGGUUGCCUGGUGUACGAGUACAUGGCGAAUGGGAGCUUAGAGGAUCACUUAUUCCGGCGGGGGAACACGCCACCCAUUCCCUGGCAAUAUCGGUUCCGCAUCGCCGCAGAGAUCGCCACGUGCCUUCUCUUCCUCCACCAAACGAAGCCGGAGCCUCUGGUUCACAGGGACUUGAAGCCUGCAAACAUCCUGCUCGAUCAGAACUACACCAGCAAGAUAAGCGACGUCGGCCUGGCCCGCCUUCUCCCGCCCUCCGUGGCAGACCAAGUCACUCAGUACCGCAUGACGACGGCGGCCGGGACGUUUUGCUACAUCGACCCGGAGUACCAGCAGACGAGCAUGCUCGGCACCAGGUCUGACAUUUACUCCUUUGGAAUCCUGCUGCUGCAACUGAUCACUGCGAAGCCUCCCAUGGGGCUGACCCAUCAAGUCGAGCGCUCGAUCGAGACGGGAACGUUUCGACAGGUGUUGGAUCCCUCCAUCCAAAAUUGGCCGAUCGAUGAAGCUUUACGGUUCGCCAAGUUAGCACUCACCUGCGCAGAGCUGAGAAGGAAAGACCGGCCGGACCUAGGAACAGUCGUAUUGCCGGAGCUCAAUUGGCUGAGAGCUUUUGGGGAAGAAAACACGCAGCAAUUCGCAGUGGACAACAACGUCGGCACCUCAUCGUCACACGAUCGAGUUUCUGUGCAGGAUAUCAGGAGUGGCCCUUUGCAUCAGCAAUCAGGAUAUCAGAGCUCCAGCCAAUUUAGCGGAUCGUCGAUCAACUGA